AUUGUCACUGUUCUCUUUGUAAUUUGCAUAAAAUAAUGCAUGUGUCAAUUAUUUUACAUAAAGGCAUUCAUAACCAUAACAUGUUCUAUUUGUUUUUACAGGUUUUCUCAGGGUCUUCGGUUACGGCAGAUAGACAUGAUGGACGACAGCAUUGCAGGCAGUUCGGCAACUCUUAGUAAAAUGGCAAAGAAAAUAAGGGAAGUCUGUGUCACAGCAGUUGAAAGGAUGCGAAGGCGUACAGGUCAGCUGAUUGGUGGAAGAAGGGAGUUUGUUGUGAUCGACGAAAGCCAUUUUCGGCACAAAAGAAAGUAUGGUAGAGGAAGAAUGGCUGGUGGGUGGAAAAGAAAGAAGUGGGUCUUUGGUAUGUUAGGUGUGAGACAUCAUCAGCAGAAAAAAUCCAGAAAACCUAUUCUACGUCUUCUGGAGAGAAGAUCUCGAAAUGAUCUAGUCCCUUUGAUUGUGCAUCAUGUGAGGCCUGGGUCUUCAAUUCUAAGUGACGAGUGGCGUGCCUAUAACAUCCUCCCUGCACUAGGGUACAACCAUCACACUGUCAACCACAGCAGGUGGUAUGUAGAUCCCCACACUGGUGCCCAUACCCAACAUAUUGAGAGGGCCUGGAGAUCUUACAAGGAGCAGAUCUGGAGGCUUAGGGGAAAUCGGACUGAGAGUUUGCUAACCCUAACCCUAACCUUGCAGUGA